UACAGGCGUAACAGGCCGCAGCUCGGCGGCAUCUUCUCUCCUAAUCCAAAAGUGCGCGUGCUUCCUUGUCGCGUCUGUACGGAGCUGAGGAGGAGAUGGACGCCAUGGCAGCGGUCGCCAGAACGGGGCCUUCUCUCGCCGCCGCCGGCCACAGGAGCUCCGCAACGUUCCGGCCGUCGGCGUCACUCUCCUUCGCCUCCGCUUCCUCGAGGAACCGCGGCCGCGUCGGGCUGAGCACGGCGGGGUGGAACCAGAGGGCAACCAGGGUAGCUCGCGCCACCCCCAACCGCAUCGUCGCCUCCUCGGAGGUUGAGCAGACCUACAUUAUGAUCAAACCUGACGGUGUUCAGCGUGGUCUGGUUGGAGAGAUUAUUUCUCGCUUCGAGAAGAAGGGCUUUUUGCUGAAGGGGCUGAAGCUUUUUCAGUGCCCCAAAGACUUGGCUCAGGAACAUUACAAGGAUCUGAAGGAGAGACCUUUCUUUCCCAAUUUAAUCGACUACAUAACUUCUGGUCCUGUAGUCUGCAUGGCCUGGGAGGGUGAUGGUGUUGUUGCGUCAGCUCGCAAACUGAUCGGAGCUACUAACCCCCUUCAAGCUGAGCCAGGGACCAUAAGGGGUGAUCUUGCAGUUCAAACAGGAAGGAAUGUCGUCCACGGAAGUGACAGCCCUGAUAACGGCAAGCGAGAAAUCGGAUUAUGGUUCAAAGAGGGUGAGCUUGCUCAAUGGGAAUCAGUUCAAACACCCUGGCUUAUAGAGUGAUCUUUGCAUAUCACUGCAAGAACCAUGAUCCAAUACUUAUUUGGUCAACUUGAUUCUGAGGGGGCCAUGUAUGAGUUUACUUCUACCAAGUAAAGUAGCCAGUCAGGGCUCCAAAAUUUUCACCAUUGCUCACCUGUAUGUUCUUUCUUUCUUUGUAAUGUUGAGCGGGUUCAGAACUCUGGCCUUUGGUCAGUAUAAAGCUUCCUGUUGAGAACUGGACGAAAUCACUAUUCUGAUCUUUUCAA